UCUCAGAAUUUAGAAGCCCAUAUGAGUUUUGAAUAUAUCCGGUCUUUCAGCCUAUUUCUGGUGUUCAAGUUUAGAGCGCAAAGUUCCGAAGCACUCCACAAGAUCUCCACGCUCAACAAAGGUUUCGUUUCUUUUUUCUGCCAUCAAAGAUGAGUCGACCAAUGGAUGAGGAUGUUCCUGCAAAGAAUGAGGAAGAGGAGUUCAACACAGGUCCACUUUCAGUACUGAUGAUGAGUGUUAAAAAUAACACACAGGUUCUUAUCAACUGCCGUAACAACAAAAAGCUUCUUGGUCGUGUAAGAGCUUUUGACCGACACUGCAACAUGGUGCUAGAAAAUGUUAGGGAGAUGUGGACAGAGCUUCCAAAGGCUGGUAAAGGCAAGAAGAAAUCUCUUCCAGUUAACAAAGACAGGUUUAUUAGCAAGAUGUUUCUUCGGGGCGAUUCAGUGAUCAUUGUCCUCAGGAACCCUAAGUGAGAUAGUGGAAGCAAAUCCGGAGUCUAAUUCCAUGGGGAGAAGAUCUCAACUUGAUUAGCUUCUUAGCCACAACUUAAUGUUCAACUUGAGUAUUAUUUUAGCUUUCAAAUCAGCAGUGUUUAAUCACUUGUGUACGUAAAGAUUAAAAUCAGGAAGUAGAUUUGGUUUACUCUCUUCUAUUUCAUACUAAUGUUGGUUUCUUUGAUAUAUUCUGAUUAAGAAGAAUAAAAUUUGAUAUGCAAA